AUGGGUCAUAAAAGUUACACAGCUAAACGGGAACCUUUAAGGACACCUGCUCAAAUUAAAAAACGUUUAAAAUUUGCUAAAGAACAUCAAUAUUGGUUAAGUGAAUGGAACAAUAUUAUCUGGAGUGACGAAGCACAUUUUGAAUUAUUAAAUCGUAAAAAUGGUACUUAUGUUCGUCGUUCAAAAUCAGGAACGAAUCAGUCAUUCAAUUUCAUUCCACGUGUACAAGGUGGUGGAGGUAGUAUUAGCGCAUGGAAGUGCAUAGCUGGUGGUGCCCGUGGUCCACUUGUGAUUUAUAAUGGUAGAUUCAAUGGUCCUGCUUAUAUUAAUACAAUCAAAGAAGCAUUAUCUAUGUUUAUUCACAAUACAUUCGAUGCAGGCGAUCAAAAUUGGACUUAUAUGCAAGACAAUGCACCAUGUCAUACAUCAAAAUAUACAAUGAAUUGGAUGUAA